AUGGGCUCCACCGCUAACCCUCUCCCCGCCCUCCUCGUCCAGAAGCUCACCCCCUCGGGUCGCGCCCCGACUCGCGGCUCCGCCUUCGCCGCCGGCUACGACCUCUACAGCGCCAAGGACACCAUCAUCCCCUCCAAGGGCAAGGCCCUCGUCGACACGGGAAUCGCCAUCGCUGUGCCCGAGGGAACCUACGGCCGUAUCGCUCCUCGCAGUGGUCUCGCCUCGAAGCACUUCAUCGACACCGGUGCGGGCGUCAUUGAUGCCGACUACCGCGGCGAGGUCAAGGUGUUGUUGUUCAACUUCUCCGAUGUGGAUUUCGAGAUCAAGGAGGGUGAUCGUGUGGCGCAGUUGGUUUUGGAGCGGAUCUACACGCCUGAGGUGACUGUCGUGGAGAAGUUGGAGGAGAGUGUUCGUGGAGCUGGUGGUUUCGGUAGUACCGGUACCAACUAA